AUGCCGAAAAAGCUAUUACCAACUGAAGCGGCCGUUGAAGAUUUUCGUUAUGAAAAUGUUGACCUAACCGCUCAUAACAUUCGAGUCGUCCGAAUACUGCCAGAUCUUAGUAAUGAUGGAUUGAUACAGUGCCAAAUGGAAGAAGUCGAGCUGUCUACAGCCGACUACGCUUGUGUCUCCUACAGGUGGGCGACUGAGAAUUCCAAAAAGCUGAUAACGUUGAACGGGCAGUGCUUUUUUGUCCGCCGAAAUCUGUUUGACUUCCUCAAAUCAGCAAUUCAAACUUCCAAGACGGAUUCAUUAUGGAUUGACGCUAUCUGCAUUGAUCAAAAUAACCUGGAAGAGAAGAAUCAUCAGGUUCAGAUGAUGGGUCAGAUAUUCAGAAAGGCGUGGAAGGUUUUGGUCUGGCUAGGCAAGGGCGACUUAGGUAUCGAGAUAGCCUUUCAAAUGAUUGGAAUGAUUUGGGAAGAGGGUUCGCGGGAGAAAGUUGAGAAGGAAUUCCGGUCUAGACUUGGCUUGCGACGGUCUAAUAUCAAGACGUUUGAAGCCGCGAUGGCCAAGAUUGUCUGCUUCCCCUAUUGGGAGCGUCUGUGGAUCAAACAAGAAAUUCUGAUGAAUAAGAAUGUGCGCUAUCUCUAUGGGUAUACUCAUUCUGCCUUUGAACCUCGCCCGUUGUCAGAACUUGUACGGCUAUUCUCAAGCUCUGCUUGCACCGAGAUUCGAGAUCGAGUAUAUGGCCUGCUAUCUAUGGCCGAGGAAGGCGAUGCGAUCAGGGUUGAUUACGCGAUGACUACGACAGAGCUGUUCGUGCAUACUCUUCGCGCAACUCGACUUGCAAGCUACUGUGAUAUAGAAUUUCUCUAUGUGCUAAUUAGUGCACUUGAAUUGUCUAGCUCCGAUCUAGAAGAGAUCAAGAUUCGUGAUGUCAUGGAGAAGUACGCGUUCAUCGACUGGAGUCUUCAUGUGUCCAUUGCCCCAAUAGCGGUCUUCGCAGAUGCAGACUUCUGUGAGAGGUCUUGGGCUUUUAAGUCACGUAGUUUAGACACUGAUCCUCCAGUUGACAGACUUCUUCGUAUGAGUGAUAGCUUGCUUCCUUGGAGAGAACUUAGGACUAUGUCGGAUGACGAGGAAGCUGAUAUCAUCUAUUCGAUCACCGACGAUCAUAGACAGCGUUCAAUCGUUCGUGGAGACCAUCAACUCAGUCCUGGAGACGUGAUGUUCAACGUCAAUACUAAUACAUCUGGGGACCCAUCUAAUCUGCUGCUUGUUGGAAGACCUUCAACCCAAAGGCCGAAUUGGCUAGAUGUCGUGGCGGUCGUAGAUUCAGACGUUCUGAUUCAGGAUUUCGAGUGGCAACCGCAAAAAUCCGAGGGUGUCACUAGGUUUAGGAUAUACGACGUACCUGAGCCAUUACGGGAAGCAAGCAUACGGAUUGACAUCCGACGUAAACCCCCAGCUGAAUUGCUACUCAGUAUCUCUUCGAUCGCUUUAACCAUCGGCCUACUAGAAAGAGGACCGCGCCAUGAUAAAUCAGGAGAAGCAACAAUGUGGUCAUGGAAAGCGGACAAGAUGGCAUCAAAACGCAUGUUGACUGUUUCGGCAAUCAGAGAUCGCGAAGGUCGCUCACUGAAGAGGAAAAGAAGCACGUAA